AUGCACGUUACUACCAUCUUACUUACAUCCACCGCCGACCGUCUGUCCGACCACUACGACGCCAACAUGGUCAAGUUCUACUCUUCUAACGAGACGUACUCGUACCCUUUCCCCGCCGUCUCGCUCGCCUACUUCCUCCGCUAUCCGAACCCUUACUCCACUCACGUGCUUUCCACCGACACCAUCGCCCGACACUACGACCCCGACACGCAGCGUCUAACAACUAUUCGCCUCCACCUGAAACGGUCAAAGCUCCCCUCCGCCGUUCUCAAGCUUGUGCCAAAGUCUCUACUUGGCGCCUCGGCUGGCGGUGAGUCCCAGACUUACAUUCUUGAAAAGUCGGUCGUGGAUAUUAAAGAGGGAUGGAUGGACACCGAGUCACGCAAUCUGGAAUGGACCGGUGUCUUGUCCGUCGUAGAGAGGCAGAAGUUUGUGCGUCCCUCGCCGUCAGUGUCCCAGGACAUGAAGACGCGGCUGGGUACCGAAGGCGCUGCGCAACGUCAUGGCUUCAUCAACUUUGGCGGCAAGGGCGCUGGUGCCAAGAUUGAAGACUCGGGUGAGACUACCGACGUCACAAGCUCGGUCACAUUGCACAGCCACAUUGGCGAGACUUGGAAAAAGAAGCGUGAAGCCGCAAGGGAGGAUGCCGUCGAGGACGAGCAGCCACAAAAGAUGGGUUUCUUGCGAAGCUGGGGCACCGCAGCCCUGCAGCGCAACAUCGAGAAGAUCGGCCUUACGCGUGCGCAGCGAAGCCAACCCAAUGCGCGCGAAGGCAUGAAGGUCGUCCUGGAGCGUAUGCGCGAAGGCGGCCUUGUCGGGGUACUGGAGGGCAUGCGACAAGACCGCGAAGCCAUUCUUGCCGGCCGCCCGUUAGCGACUCCAAGGGCAAUAAACAAGGACGAAUAA